CUCGUGAGUGUCCACUGUGUACUUUUUCUGCGGCAUCCUCUCUUACACAAUUUAUAUAUAGUCAUUUUUACACCUUUUUAAACUUCUUUUACACAGCAGCCUUCGUCUGCAGGUUUCGGUGAGAAAAUUGUGGUAAAAAGUUGCUUCUUACCGGAGAUCAGCUGAGCUUGUGCCACCCAUUAAGCUGCCGUCGACUUCCCUGAGACACUGCGCGUCAACACACCCGUGGACACACACCUCCGACUAUCAGGAGAAGUGGUGUUGAGGAGUCAACCAAACCCAAACAGACAUGAUGAACAUACCAGAAUACUAUGCAGGGAAAAAUGUGCUGAUCACUGGAGCAACUGGCUUCAUGGGAAAGGUCUUGCUGGAGAAACUGCUAAGGUCAUGCCCAGGAGUUAAUGCGGUCUAUGUGAUGGUCAGGUCCAAAGCAGGACAGAAUCCUCAGGCCCGUGUUACUGACAUGAUCAGUAGCAAGUUGUUUGGUAGGUUACAAGAAGAACAGCCUUGCUUUGCAGAGAAGAUCAUUGCAAUCAGCUGUGACCUGACAAAGCCUGAACUGGAUCUGAGGAAGGAUAAGCAGAUCUUACUGGCUGAAAGCAUUCACAUUGUCUUCCACUGUGCCGCCACCAUUCGCUUCAAUGAACCGCUCAAAGAUGCAAUGCAGUUGAAUGUGUUGGCCACCCAGAAGAUGCUAUCUCUGGCCCACAAGAUGAAGCAUCUGGAAGUCUUCAUCCAUGUGUCCACGGCUUAUGCCAACUGUGACCGAGAGCUGAUUGAGGAAGUCAUCUAUACUCCAACUGUAGACUAUGUCAAACUCAUUGACACGCUGAAUUGGAUGGAUGAUGAGCUUGUGUCCACACUGACUCCCAAACUGAUAGGGCAACGUCCCAACACGUACACCUUCACAAAAGCAUUAGCAGAGUAUCUGGUGCAACAGGAAGCUGGGGACCUCAAUGUUGCCAUUGUCAGACCCUCCAUUGUUGGGGCCAGCUGGAAAGAACCUUUCCCAGGUUGGAUUGAUAAUUUCAAUGGACCCAGUGGAAUAUUCAUUGCAGCUGGCAAAGGGAUCCUCCGCACAAUGAGAGCAUCUAAUGAUGCUGUAGCUGAUCUGGUGCCUGUAGAUGUGGUCAUCAAUGCCACGCUAGCUGCUGCCUGGUACUCUGGAUUACAGAGAAGUAACAGGCCCAAAUCCAUCCUUGUUUACAACUGCACAACCGGUGGCAUCAACCCUUUUCACUGGGGACAAGUUGAAUACCAUGUAAUAUCUACUUUCAAGAGGAACCCUCUCGAACAGGCAUUCCGUCGGCCCAAUGUUAAUCUCACGACCAAUCACCUAAUCAAUCAGUACUGGAUUGCUGUGAGCCACAAAGCUCCAGCUUUUCUGUAUGACAUGUACCUCAGGCUCAUUGGACAAGAACCCAGGAUGAUGAAGACGAUCACUCGACUCCACAAAGCCAUGAUGGUGCUGGAAUAUUUCACCAGUCAUUCCUGGGUGUGGAACACAGACAAUGUCACCAUGUUAAUGGGAAACAUGAGCUCCGACGAUAAGAAGGUAUUUAAUUUUGAUGUGCGUCAGCUACACUGGGCAGAGUACAUGGAAAGUUACUGCAUGGGCACCAAAAAGUACGUGCUUAAUGAAGAACUGUCAGGUCUGCCUGCUGCACGCAAGCACCUCAACAGGCUCAGGAACAUCCGUUAUACUUUCAACACCACCCUGCUAGUGCUCAUUUGGCGCGUUUUCAUCGCCCGCUCUCAGAUGGCUCGAAACAUCUGGUACUUUGUGGUGAGCCUGUGCUUCAAGUUUCUCUCCUACUUCAGAGCCUCUUCCACCAUGAGAUAAUAAGCACUGGUUCAAAUGAGAAACAUCCAAACUACUCAAUGAACGCCAGCACCUGGCAUCCACAGCCUUAAUGUUCUAAUCUAUAACUUUUAUAUUCAUAUUUCUGUCACGUCAUACAAUUAGAUUGAGAAGACUGGAAAUCAAACUGCCAAGCCCCCUAUGUUUCUAGUUUGAUACUUUUUGUACAUUAAAAAUGCUAAAAACAGUCCAAUAUUUAUAACAUAAUCAAAAAUGAGUGUUAUAUCUCAUUAGUAAUACAAUCUUUAAUUUUGGGCCUGAAAAUGGCCCCCAGGCUGCACUUUGGACACCCCUGCCUUACAUAAACCUGAACAUUCCCUAAGAUAUUUAUUGGUACUAUUAAGUUACAUAAGCAUCACUUGCUAAUCAAUCUUUAUGUUGCUUCAUCUGGGACACUUUGAAAUUGCUAUAUCUUAUAAGUUCCUUAGUGUGUGGCAUCGUGACAUGAGAUACAUAGUGUGUGUGUGUGUGUGUGUGUGUGUGUGUGUGUGUGUGUGUGUGUGUGUGUGUGUGUGUGUGUGUGUGUGUGUGUGUGUGUGUGAGAUAGUUUGGUUUGCUUUUCGCAAUGUAUGUGCCAAGAAAGUUAAAAAUGAAUCAUGCUCAUGAUGCAUUUGCCGCCAUUGUUUUUGAUAUUAUCCAUGUAGUUCAUCAUGAAAUCUUGCAAGAUGAUGCUUAUCCUGUUUGCUUAACAACACUAACAUGUUUGUGUCACCUUGUCAAUGUCUGCCUUGUCUUCUGACACGGCUGAAAGCACAAAUACACGGAAGGCUGUUUAAGUCAACAAGUGGAACAACUCAUGUCCUACUUAGUGCUAAAACAGCAGACCUCGACAUACUGGCUUAUGUCGACAUAAAACGUAAAAUGGUCAAAUUUUGGAAAAAAUUGGCUCAGUUUAUGUCGGCAUUGUGAACUUCAUCAGAUUUGUGGUCAUGUGAAAACCAAUAUAAUCAAAGGAAGAAAGAUAUGUGAGGCGACAAAAACUGUCACUUACCUUCAAAACUUUGAAUUUGGACUAUACAGGUAAACGUCACGUCCCUUCGAGCUGUGUGCUUAUGGUAAGCCUAAGCUAGGAGGGACAAAAUGCAAAUGUAUGUAUGUAUAUGUACGUAUACGUACACAUAUGUACAGUAUACAUGUAUAAACAGUAUGUAUACAUAUACAGUAUAGGCCAAAAGUUUGGACACACUUUCUCAUUCACAACACAACUAAUGGUCCCAACCCCAUUGAUAAAGCUAAUCAGCACACCUGUGAAGUGAAAACCAUUUCAGGUGACUACCUCUUGAAGCUCAUUGAGCGAAUGCCCAGAGUGUGCAAAGCAGUAAUCAGUGCAAAGGUUGGCUAUUUUGAAGAAAUUAGAAUAUAAAACAUGUUUUCAGUUAUUUCACCAUUUGUGUUAAAUACAUAACUCCACGUGUUCAUUCAUAGUUUUGAUGCCUUCAGUGAUAAUAUCCAAUGUGAAUAGUCAUGAAAAUAAAGAAAAAACAUUAAAUGAGGUGUGUCCAAACUGUAGUGUGUGUGUAUAUAUAUAUAUAUAUAUAUAUAUAUAUAUAUAUAUAUAUAUAUAUAUAUAUAUAUAUAUAUACACCCAUCCAUCCAUCCAUCCAUUUACCACCGCUUGUCCACCCUGGGGUUGCGGGAGGCGCUGGAGCCCAUCUCAGCUGCAUUCGGGCGGAAGGCGGUGUACACCUUGAACAAGUCAUCACCUCAUUGCAGGGCCAACACAGACAACAUUCACACUCACAUUCACACACUAGGGCCAAUUUAGUGUUGCCAAUCAACCUAUCCCCAGGUGCAUAUCUUUGGCGGUGGGAGGAAACCGUAGUACCCGGAGGGAACCCACGGAGUCAUGGCGAGAAUGUGCAAACUCCACAGAGAAAGAUCCCAAGCCCAGGAUUGAACUCAGGACUAAUCAGGACAUUCGUAUUGUGAGGCACAUGGGGUUGCAGACUGCACAAACUCAAGCACUUGGUGGGCAAACAGACAUGGUCAUAGCGGACUGUCCCUAUUAAUGUUGUAAUUUUCUAUAUUACAUGUAUUUACACAUGAACACUCACAAUAAGUACUGAAACUUGGCAUUGAGUACUAUAUCGGUUUAAAUCCCUAUGCACCCAUUUGAAUUUUGCACAAACACAGGAAAAGAAGUCAACAAAUCCUUGAUGUCACAUAUGUCUCUGGGUAAAGUCACAAGUAAAUUAACAAGCAACAGUGUACCCCACAUUCUGCCCGAGUGCAGCUGGGAUAGGCUCCAGCACGCCCGUAUCCCCGUGAGGGACAAGUGGUAGGAGAUGGAUGGAUAGUUUCUGGUUCAGUCAACAAUCACUUAUGUUGAAGGCAGUCCGAGGAAUGUCGCUUUAAAUGUGUUCCACUGUAUUUUCCCGCUUGUUAACAUGCUGUCCUGUAAAUGUCCUGGUUAGGAUUCCAAAAUUAAUGUUUUGGUCUGCUAUUUCCACACUUUCUAAAGAAGUGUUUAGUGCCUACAUGUUUGUCACAAUGUGAAUAGUUCUAUUUAGCUACAUUUCAAACUUAGAGCUUGUAUUUUUGUAACAAUCGUGAUUUUCCUUUCCAAUCAAUAAUCAACCACACUAAUACAUUUCAGUGCUUUAAAUACUGUAACCGACACAAUGUCGACUGUUCUUCACAUUUCAAGUUACAAUUUUGACAUUUUUGCGUCAAUGAAAUAAAAUAACUCUGAAUAUG